GGCAGAGCCCAAGGGGCCGACCCCGCUGCGGGGCAUCCCGGGAGUUGUCUACCCCGAGUUCUCGCCGGCGAGCAACUGUUUUGACAGAGCUAUUGCUCACCCGUCAAGCUUUUGUUCGAGCUGACCAGCGGUGCCUGUCUGGAGUCCUGAAUAGGAUCAAAUCCUGCAACCAGACACACACACACAAGCACGCACCGAGCGUGCAGGAGUGCGCAGCCGAGCUCACCCCAACGCCAGGGCUGCUGCAGGGUGGCUCGUUUUUCCCGCAAAUCCUCCUUCCGGAACCGUGGGGGUCUGGUUCCCCCCCUGCCCAACCCCAGCCACCUGCAUGAAGCCCUUGGUGCUGCUGGUUUGCAAUCUCCUGGCGUGGAGGGUGGGCGAGACGGGGUCGGAUGCUCCGGAGAAGUUGUCCACGUUGGUGCCGGGAGCUCUCAGCAUGAAGGAGACCUUCCUGGUGCUCUCGCUGCACAACAAGCUGAGGAGCAAAGUGCAGCCCCCCGCCGCCAACAUGCAGAAGCUGGAGUGGAGCGAGGAGCUGGGUCGGCUGGCGGGGGCACGGGCAGCCAGCUGCCUGGAGGGCCCCGCUCCCCUGCCGUCCCCGCAGCUGAGCUGGAGCGAGUCCCUGCUGCCGGCGGGCACGGGGGGCUUCGCGGUCGUGCUGGAGCACUGGUUCGCCCAGGGCCGACGCUACGACUACAGGACGGGGCGCUGCGCCGGGAAUGCUACCUGCCGCCAUUACACCCAGCUGGUGUGGGCCACGGCGGGGCGGCUGGGCUGCGGGCGGCACCUCUGCACCGGCAGCCAUGGCCCCAGCGAGGCCUUCGCCUGCGCCUACUCCCCGGGGGGCAACUGGGAGGUGGCCGGGACCCCCGUCCUGCCCUACAAGCAGGGACCCUGGUGCUCCCUCUGCACCGCCGGCCUCUCCGGCUGCUUCAAGUCCUGGGACCACGGCGGCGGGCUCUGCGAGGUGCCCAGGAACCCCUGUCGCAUGAGCUGCAGGAACGGCGGGCGCCUCGACAUGAGCAGCUGCCAGUGCGCCUGUCCCCCCGGCUACACGGGCAGGUACUGCCAAGUGAGGUGCAGCGGGCAGUGCCUCCACGGAAAGUUCAGGAAGGAGGAAUGCUCCUGCCUCUGCGACGUGGGCUACGGAGGCGCCGAGUGUGGCACGAAGAUUCGGUUCCCUUUCCACGCCUGCGAUGUGCAGAUAGACGGUGACUGCUUCAUGGUGUCCCCCGAGGCCGACACCUACUACGGGGCGAAAAUCAAGUGCCAGGAGAAGGGGGCGAUGCUGGCCCAGAUCGGGAACCAGAAGGUCCAGGACAUCCUGGCUUUCUACCUCAGCCGCUUGGAGACCGGUAACAGGGUGACAGACACCGAUUUCGAGACCGGAAACUUCUGGAUUGGUCUCACCUACAAGACGUCCAAGGCUUCCUUCCGCUGGGAUGUGGGCGAGCCGUCCUCCUUCACCAGCUUUGCUUUCGGGCAGCCGGACAACCAGGGGUUUGGGAACUGCGUGGAGAUGCAAGCGGCGGCUGCCUUCAACUGGAACGACCAGCGCUGCAAGACCCGAAACCGGUACAUCUGCCAGUUCGCCCAGGAGCACAUCUCCCUGUGGCAGCGGCAACCCUGAGCCCGCAGCCCCGGGCACCGGCCAGCGCUGGCUGCUGAGCCGAGCCCAUGGCUCAGGAGGACCCCAGUGCUGUGCAAAGUCUGGACCAUGGCUCAGGAGGACCCCAUUGCCAUGCCACGCCUGGACCACAGCUCAGGAGGUCCCCAUUGCCAUGCCAAGCCCAGACCAUGGCUCAGGAGGUUCCCAUUGCCAUGCCAUGCCUCGACCAUGGCUCAGGAGGUCCCCAUUGCCAUGCCAAGCCUGGCCCAUGGCUCAGGAGGAUCCCCCACGGCUCCCCCACGAAGAGGACAGGGGGCUGAGGGGACCCAUGGCAUUGGGACCUGUCAAGAAGGGCGCACGCUCUACAUCAGCAUCCCCGAACCAGCAUCCAUCAUCUACAUCAGCAUCCCCCUUCUGCCCCUUGCCUUCCUCUGUCACCAUCACGCUGUGACAGCCCCCAGGGCAGGGAGAUGUCCCAGCAACAGCCAGGUCCAAGAGCAUCCUCCUCCUAAAUUGGCAGCCGGGCUGUGUCUGGACUGUGGUCCCGAUGUGACGAGGGGCCAAGGGGGGGCUUCUGUGGGGCGCAGACAUCAGCACGGCUUGGGGUGAGGGCUCUGAGCCAUCAUCCCAACCUGAGUGGGAACCCCCAGCCUGGCAUGGCAGGUUCCUCACCAUCACAUGGUCCUUCCUCAUCACCUGGUUCCUCACCAUCUGC